CCUGAGUCCAGCCUAUCCAACCCGCUUCCCGCCGCCAGCCCACCGGCAUCCACCAGUCGCGGGAGUUAGCAGCAGCAUGGGGGGCAGUGGAGGCGUGUGCGCCAAGCACGGUUGCGCGUUCGGGCAGGCGACGAGCUCGCCCGGGGGACUUCUAGAAGGUUCGUGCGCAGGUGCGAUGGGGCGGGGCGCGGGGGAGGAGCUGCCGCCAAGACCCCAAGGCCCCACGAGACUGUCCGGAAGGCGGAGCUAUCUGCCGUUCCGGACCCAGUCCGCUCCCACGUCGCGCGUCCGCCUGCCCACCACCUCCGUCUCCUCCGUCUCGGCCAGCGCCCGCUUCGUCACGCGCGAGCGCGAGCAGUCGUCCGCCGCCUCUCCAGAGCCCGCUGCUCCGGCCCCCGGCGACCCGGCCUCGGCCUCAGUCCGGGCUUCAGUCCCAGCUCCGGCUCUGCCCAUCAUGGACAGCCGCAAGCUCAGCGAGCUCCAGGCCUUCAUCAGGCUCUGCCAGCAGGACCCGAGCCUUCUGCACACCGAAGAGCUGCGGUUCCUCCGGGAAUGGGUGGAGAGUAUGGGUGGUAAAAUCCCACCGAUUCCACAUAAAGCAAAAUCAGAAGAAAAAGUCAAGGAAGAAAAGACGGAAACUAAAAAAGCAGAGGAAGCCCCCAAACUAGAAGAGCUAGAGAGCGAGGAAAGCGAUGUUGAAAUUGAUAAUGAAGGUGUGAUUGAAGCAGAUACAGACUCCCCUCAGGAAAUGGGAGAUGAGACUAAAGAGAUAACAGAUGAGAUGAUGGAUCAGGCUAAUGAAAAGAAAGUGGCGGCCAUUGACGCCCUCAAUGGGGGUGACCUUAAUGCCGCCAUUCAGUUAUUCACAGAGGCCAUCAAACUCAAUCCCCGUUUGGCCAUUUUAUAUGCUAAGAGAGCCAGUAUCUUUAUAAAACUGCAAAAACCCAAUGCUGCUAUUAGAGAUUGUGAUAGAGCGAUUGAAAUAAACCCGGACUCCGCCCAGCCCUACAAAUGGCGAGGGAAAGCCCACAGACUCCUUGGUCACUGGGAGGACUCUGCUCGUGAUCUUGCCAUGGCUUGCAAGCUGGACUAUGAUGAAGAUGCCAGUGCUAUGUUGAAGGAAGUCCAGCCAAGAGCCCAGAAGAUUGCUGAACAUCGGCGGAAAUAUGAAAGAAAACGUGAGGAACGAGAGGUCAAAGAAAGGCUAGAAAGGGUGAAGAAGGCUCGGGAAGAACAUGAGAGAGCCCAAAGGGAGGAAGAAGCCCGACGAACUUCAGGAGCCCAAUUUGGCUCUUUUCCAGGUUUUCCUGGAGGUAUGCCUGGGAACUUUGGAGGCAUGCCAGGCAUGGGAGGAGCCAUGCCUGGGAUGGCAGGAAUGCCCGGGCUCAAUGAGAUUCUUAGUGACCCAGAAGUGCUUGCCGCCAUGCAGGACCCAGAGGUGAUGGUGGCGUUCCAGGAUGUGGCACAGAACCCUGCGAACAUGUCCAAAUAUCAGAGCAACCCAAAGGUUAUGAAUCUCAUCAGCAAAUUGUCAGCCAAAUUUGGAGGUCAAGCAUAAAUGCCCUUUUAACAAAUAAAGCCCUUACUGACGGAAAAAAAAACACAAAAACAACCCAGAUCACUUAAUGGACCUCGCAAUAAUACAAACCAAAUGUACCUCUGACCUUCUGGUGAAGAAAAUUGGGGUGCUUGGAAGAUAUUCCCCUCCCCCUUCCUCCCUCCCCCCACCCCCAAUGCAACAGGAACAUUUUAUAGUGAUUGGUUGGCCAUUAAUCAUAUCAGAUAAUGUUGUCCUACUCUGAAUCACAAACUUAAGAAACAUAAAAGCAUUUUCCAAAACUUACAUAAAGAAGAAAGGAAAGAUAGUGCAAAAAAUUAUUUUCUUUACUAAUCAUUUUGGCUUUCCCGUGGAUUUGAAUAGACUUCAGGGUGAGGAAAAAGAGACUUACUUUAAAAAAUUUCUUAUCCAAUCAUGGUGGAAAAUUGGUUUAAUCAGAGAGAGGAGGUGAACUUCCUCAUAUAAUUAUGUAAAAUUUGAAAAAGUUCAUGCCUAUUUGGAUUUUUUGAUUUUUUUUUUUUUUUAAAUUCUGUGCUUUUAAAAAAAUGCUAAUUUUGAUGGCAAAACCAACUGUGGGACCACCAAUGAUGUAGUAAGUAUGUGAGCAGAGAUGGAUGGGAGCUACCUCUGGCAGUGUUACCAGAUAAUCUCUCCCAUAGCAUUGUGGGGAGGAAUUAAAUAAUUAGAUCCUGCAUUGUGAUGAAGGCAUGUUUUGGUGAAACUGGUUCACCACCUUGUAAUCUCGGCUCCUCUGUCACUGUCAUCGUUUGUAUCUUUGUGUAGGGAAAGGAAGGAGGAGGUCCUUUACUUUCUUGGAUGUGAAUUGAUUUCUUUUUCUCAACAAGACACUUGGUCCUCUUUUGGGCUGUGUGUUUUCAGUUAUUCCCACAGUCUUAUUUCCCCCCAUUUUAUUAGGCUAAAAAUAGUUCUCAUAUAGUCCAUAUUUAUAAAGAAUAUCAUUCAAAGUAAACAUAAUUAUGCAAGCAUUGCCGAAUGUUUGAUUUAAUGUAAAAUGCAACACUUACUGUUUCUAUAUAUAUAGGCUAAUACCCUUAGUUUCUCAUUUGGACAAGAAAUUUCAUUUUUACUCACUGGAACCCUGAGGACCCCACAUAUAUCUAUACUAAACACAGCAAGUUUUUGGUUUUCUUUCUGUUACUUGGGAAAUGUCCGUUGGAAAUUACAUUUGCAUUUAUCUUUCCAUUUUGGGGAAGGAGGGUGUGAGCAUUGGAUUAGUGGGUACAUAAACGUGUAGGUGAACAUGGCUAUAUGAUCCAAUAUUAAAUAUGUGAUUUAUAAAUAGAUUAGAUUUGUGAUUCUUUUCUGCAUUGUAGGACUGUUUAUUUUAUAACACAUCUCAUUGCUGCUUUCCAAUAGGGAACUGUCCCUCUCGGUAGAUGCUAGCUGUUGCUACGGCUGCUACCUCUGCUCUCCUUUCCUCAAGUGACUUUUAAAUAACAGUAAGCUGGACACCAUCCAGAAAACGGCUCUGGCUUUGCCUGCAUGGACAAGGCCCUCCAUCUAAAGACAUUCUGAAGGGCAGCAUGUUACUCAUACACAGCCUGUGAUUUAAGGACAGGAGUAGCUGAGGCAGUACAGUACAGUACAUCCCUAAAAUAAGUCAUCAGUAAACCCGAUGACACUUUGCCGCCCCCUUUCCCCUCCAGCAGGCAGGAUGGAGCUCAUGGUGCUGAGGCAGCACAGCUGGUUUGGUAAUGGAUACCCUUACUCAGGCAGAGACCUGGGUUUUUCCUGAUGGUGUGGUCUGCCUUCUUGUAGCCCUCAGCGUGACAUCACCAACCUUCCCAGAAUCCUAGCCUUUUCAUUUGGUUUAUUAAACCUUACUUCCUACAUUUAAGCAAUGCAAAAAGUUUGUCCCAGUUGAGUCUGGAUAAGUCAUCUCAGUCUUAGGAAAACAGCUUGUGUUCAGUGUGUUGGGCCUGAUUGGUUUGCAAAUAUAAAGCUUAUUCUCCAUUUGUCUAGGAAUGCAACAUAAAUAGCCAAGUCUGUGAUUUUUUUUCUUGUACUAACAACUCUACAAGAAAGAAAAAUGUGAAAGGAGGCUUUUUGUUUGUUUUUUGUUUUUGCUUAAAAUAGAAAUUAUUGGAUAUUUCUAGUCGCCUUCACAAAUAAAGUGUGGUUUUCAAACCGGAA